GGCCUCUCGGUGAUCUCAGUUGCGUCUCGUCUCUCACGACGUUUGUGCCCCUCGAAUCGCGUCGGUUUCUCUCUGUUUCGCUCCCCGCUCGCCCUCUUACCUCUAUCGGCGAUAACGUUCGUCGAAAAAUGCCCUAUCGUGGAAAAUUACGACUGCUCGGUAGAGCGUGUGUCGCGUUCGGUAACGCGUGCGGGAAGAGCGAGGGCAAUGCGUGUUUCGCCGUCGCCAGCAUUGCCGGCAGCCGAAACUUCUCCGUCAGCCGCGCGCUCGAUAUGAGGUUCGUACAGUUCACAAGCAAAAGCGGAGGCCCGCAGCAUCUCGGGGUCCAGCUGAAGCAGGGGGGUGACAUCAUCGCCGUGUCCGCGGUCGACUCGCGGAUACCGAACACGCUGAAAAAGUUUCUGGAGGGCGGCGAUGAUCUUGUCAAGAAGGCCAAGAGGGACGACGAUUUCGACCUAAGGAAGGCAGUAGAGAGAAUAGUCGCCGAGGGACGGAGCAUCACGCCCGAGGUCGACGUGAACUUUCUGGCGCCGGUCACGCGGAUGGAUAAGCUCGCCUGCAUCGGCCUCAACUACAGCGGACAUUGUCUGGAGCAAGGUAUACCGACUCCGGAGAGUCCGGUAGUCUUUAGCAAAUUUCCCAGCAACAUCAUCGGGCCGCGCGACAACAUCCUGCUGCCGAAGAUCUCGGACAAAGUCGAUUGGGAGGCCGAGCUGGCGAUAGUGAUCGGCAAGAGAUGCAAAGGCCUCAGUAAUGACGACGUCGAGGACUGUAUCUUCGGUUAUACGGUAGCGCAGGAUAUAUCGGCGCGCGACUGGCAGAAAUCGAAGCGGAACGGCGGUCAAUACCUGCUUGGCAAAGCGAUGGACACGUUCUGUCCUCUUGGCCCGGCCGUGGUCACCAAGGAAGCGAUAUGCGACAUCAACAAUCUGUCCGUGAGGACAUGGGUGAAUGGCAAUUUGAAACAGGACGGCAAUACCAGCGAGCUCAUCUUCAAACCUCACGAAAUAGUCGUCUAUCUUUCGCAAUUUAUGACAUUGUUACCAGGCGACGUGAUUCUUACCGGCACGCCGGCUGGUGUAGGAUUCACACGCAAUCCACCUGAAUAUUUGCAGCGUGGCGAUGUACUUGAAACCGAAAUCGAGAGUCUGGGACGUCUAAGAAACAAAGUGAUCUGAGACCAAAAGACGGAGCAUACCUUCGGAAAGCGUUAACAGAACUUCGUGAUUUUCAUAAGACUGGACUUACGUUCCUUCAGGGAUCGACAUCCGCGAUGACGUUGAAUCAAACUAGGAUUUGUAUUUGUAGGGAUUUCGGAUACGUAUGUAAGAAUAGGUACUCUCGAAUAAUGCCAAUAAUUUCAGCGCGAUUGCGAAUGUUUAUGCCAGAGGUAGCAUCGCCCCUCUUCAUUCAGGGCACAAACAGGAAACAGGGUGCCUAACAACAUCGAUAACGCUAAUUUUUUAUGUGUCACGUAUUUUACGUACUUGUAUAAUUAAAGCAAGUUGUUUCUACCA